AACCUUUCAUAAUGAAGUAUUGACCAAAAGAACUCCGUGGGAGUCUUGAGAUUUUGUGCGCACGAUGUCGUUUCCAGGUCAACCGUUUCUUACUCCGCCGGAGAACCUCGUCCAGCCUACGAAUGAGGGUCCAGCAGCCCCGCUCCGCAAUCUCUCGAUGGUCCGAACAAGAAUGGAUUCGCUGCAAAGCUUCCUCACCGAAUCAAUCCACGCCAACGCUCUAAUCAGCAAGGACCAGAUGGACAUGGUCUCCGCCGGCAUCGCUUCCGCCAUCCACGAAAUCAUCUCAAACGGUGCCGCUCUGUUGGCUUUCUCUCAGAACCCGAUACCCUCAUCGGGCCCGACCCGAACACACUCCGCUAAAAUCGAGGCUUCCGAGGUCAAGAAAGAGAUGGAAGUGAACGAUUGCGGAAAGGAUGACGCAGACGGCGGCGAGAUUGUGGAGGUGGACGCGAUGGAGCUGCUGGCGGAGCACAUCCAUUAUUGCGAGAUUUGCGGGAAGGGUUUCAAGCGAGAUGCGAAUUUGAGAAUGCACAUGCGGGCCCAUGGGAACCGGUUCAAGACCCCCGAGGCGUUGACCAAACCGGAUAAGACCCCGGCCGAGUUGAGCAGGAAUUCCCGGUUCUCGUGCCCGUACGUCGGGUGCAACCGGAACAAGGCGCACGGGAAGUUCCGGCCGUUGAAGUCGGUGAUUUGCGUGAAGAAUCAUUUCAAGAGAAGCCACUGCCCAAAAAUGUACUCGUGCAACCGGUGCAACAAGAGGAGCUUCUCGGUGGUGGCGGAUUUGAAGAGCCACUUGAAGCACUGCGGCGAGGCUAGGUGGCGGUGCACGUGCGGCACGAACUUCUCGAGGAAGAGCAAGCUGUUCGGGCACAUGGCGCUGUUCGAAGGGCACAUGCCGGCGGUAGAGGACGAGAAGAGUAGUGGUGGGAGUAAGGUUGUGACAGCAAUGGAGCAGGAUGAGGAGGAGGAGGAGGAGGAGGAGGACAUGACGACGUCGGCGAAGGGAAUUCCGAAUAUAUACGAGGAUAUUGAGUUUUCUGAUGAGUUGCUUGAUGGGUUUGGGUCGAUUGAUGACUAUUUUUGGAAGGAUAUGUUGACUGAUUUGUAAGAGUGAUAGCGAUGAUAACGUAAAUUACAGCUUUUGGUUUAAUUGAUUUGUUGUUUUAAUGCUUUAGAUUAUUGAGUUAUGUGUAUAUGGAUGUAAUAAUUUUUCCGAUGAGAGAUUUCACGUUUCUCUGUUGGCUUGAAUUUCUAAUAAUUUGAAGAAAUGCCCAUUUCUUGCUUAUGUUU